AAAUUUUGAAAUGUUGCUAGCGUUUCAAUUCUUGCAAGUAAUAAUAUAAUUUUGUUAAGGAUAAAAGUGGUUUUUAAUUAUGACUUGAAAAUUGAAUUGGAAUUUCAAUUUUAGUAAGAAUGCUUUUUGAUCAUUAAUUAUAUUAUAUGCUUGUUUUAGUUUAAUAUCUUAAUUAUAGUGACAGGAUAAUUAAUGAUAUGUUAUUAUUAUUUUAUUAUUAAACAUAUUAUUAUUUGUAUACAAUAAACUGAAUAAAUACUUCAGUUGGCUUUUUAAGAUUUAAGGUAUAAAUUAUGGAACGGAUUAAUAAUUAAAACAAUGUGUGAAUCACGUACGUAAUACUUAAUUGAACGUUAAUUUAUUGUAUAAAUUUACAUUAUUUCAACAUAAAUAUAUGUAUGUAUACAUAUCACUUAUCUGCAAUUUGCCAAGUUUUUACAAUCUCAUGUUUCACAAGUCUUGGAUCAUUGGAAAAUUUAUUGAAUCUUCUGUUAUUUAUGAAAAAAAAACGGAAAGGAACAAGUUUGAUGCAAGAAAUGUUUUCGUUUUAUAUCAAAAUAUCACAUUAGAUACUAAGUUAACAAAUUCUUUUGCUAAAACUUCUUAAAAUUAUAAACAAGAUCUAGUAGAAGACUUCUUCAAGCAAUUUCAAAUAUUUCAGAAGAGAAAUAAUAUUUAAAAACAGUUUAAUUACACAAUGUGACUCAAAAAGUGGACCAUCAUGUUAAGAGAAAUGCAAAUAUUUCUUGCAGAGUAUAUGUUACUCAAUGGAAUUGUAUUAACAAUUGAAAAUAUUAUGAAAAUUAAAGAUCUUUCAAUGAAACAUUAAAAUAAGAAAUUGUUGUUUCAAAUACAUUUUGUAUGUAUAACAAAUGCAUAUCAACAUCCUACUUUAUUAAUUAUUCACAUUGCGUAUACUAGAUAACUGAUUGGUACACAAGUGCCUCUUAAAAGGAAGUAACAAAUGCUGCAAUAUUCGCAUAACAAGCAUUAAUUAUAAAAUCUGAUAAUACUUGUUUGCAUAGAUACACUUUUCUUUUCUUAUUUAAUUUGUUAUCAUCGAAUCGAGUAUAGUGUACAAUUAAUAUUUAUGUAUACGUGUUCAGUUAAUUUGUUUCGCAUCUAAUGAACAUGAAACAGCAUAAAAAGGCGGUAAUAAUGUAUCAGCGAUUACAUAGCAAAUAUAUAUAAAUAUAUAUAUAUAUAUACAUAUACACAUAUACGUAUGCAUACAUGUACACAUAUAUUUAUACAUACAUAUACACGAUUAAAAUCAAAAUGGCAACUCUAGCAGAUAAAUAUUUCAUAAAUAAGAUUUAUAAAUUGUUUAUAAACUUGCAUGCUUGCAUUUCAGAAUCUGUAGUGUUGUAUAUAGAAAAAUAAUUUCAUAGCAAGUUCAUUCUUUCCAGUUGAUUUCUUCUUAAUUACAUGGAAGCUAAUAAAUCACCUGAGUGAAGAUUAUAUACUUUUUAUUUACUGCAUACAAGUGAUUUAUAAGCAUAAUACGAAACGGUUACAAAUUUAACGAAUCACAGAUGUAUACGAUAAAAAUAUUAUGUUUACACUUUCGUGAAAAAAAUAACAGUAAUAAAAAAUUUUAGCUAAAUAUUAAUAUAAUAUUCACACAGGUGAUAGAUAUAUAAACGCAUUUUCUGUUACAUUUGUUCAUAUGCAACAUUAACUUUUCAAAUAGAAUAAUUAACAUUCCCAAUUACAAUAGAGAAUUUCUUUCCGAUCUUUACACUUCUUAAAAACCACGUUCUCCACAUGGGGACAUCAUUUUAAUAUUUAAAUUAUAAAAAAAAGAGAUAAUGAAAAACAAAAGCUUUAUAUAGACAUAUUAUAAUAUACUUCACUUACGUAUAAUAAUAGACUCGAUACGGUUUUAUUGAACAUGCUGUAUGGCAUUUUUUAGGAAUUGACAUGUGAAUCCGAAGAAAAUAAUUAAAAUUCUCGUUUUCUUGUACAAUCGCUGCAUCACUGUCCCUCUAAAAUUCCACGACAUCAGAGAAACACACACGACAAACACGAAACAGAUAACUCUCGAAUCAGUUGAAAAAAUAACGAUUUCAAUAAAACGUUAUGUUACACUGUACAGAUAUUUUCUAGAGAUACAAUCCAGCUAGGCCUUGGCCUGGCGUAUCAUAUAUUUUAAUAACUAUUCACAACCGAAUGAGGAGACAAGUUAGAAGCUUAGCUAAUCAAAAUCAAAUAUUUCGUUCAAUUGUCACUAUAUAGUACAUAUGUUCUAUGUUAAUUAAUUUGCAGUGUACAAGUUUACAAUGAAACUGUACGGGUGUGGAGGAGUAUCUGACGGUCAUGUUUUCCAACAAAAUUGUUUUCAGUUUAUCAUACAUACGGUUAAUGCUCUCUCAAUUGGUGCAUUAAAAAGAUAUCAAAGAAUAAAAGAUAUUCAGAUGCCUCUUUCAUCUUUUUCUGUCUAGCAGGCAAUUUUUGUCUGCGUCAUUGAGACUAUACUCCUACUACCUUGCUGCAGGCAUCUUCUCAAGAAAAUCUUGUUCAAUUACUGUCUCCAAUUGUGUGACAUUUAAUGGUGUUUGAGUGUCACUCGAUCUGCGACUAAGUGUCGUAAAAAAAUAAUGCAAAUCUUGCAAUGAACGAAUAUUGUUGGAGGUUAGAAGAAGUUCCCCUGGUAUUACGCUUACAGAGCUUGACUCUUGUUUAUACUGCAACAAAAUAAACUUUUAACAAUUCAUUGUUUCAGUUGACUUCUUUUUCCUUAAUAUUGAAUUUAAGGUCAUAGAGUUACAUCUUAUGAGAAAUCUCAAUUGUAAUGAUACAGAAUUAAACAUUUAAUACUCUGUUAUUCAUAAAUAAAAAAUAAUAAAUGAAACACAUGACUUUCCUGUCAAAGCAGAUGUGCAACCCUUUCAAUUAUAAUAGUUCUUUCUUUCUUUUUGAAUAAUUUACAUUGUAUGUUAAAUAUAAUUUAAGCACUGAACUUUCAGAAUACAGGGUUAUUGGCAUAGUUUCAAAAGUAAACUAUGUAUAUAUAUUUCACAUGCUGCCAAAAUAAGUAUUUCAUCAGUGAAAGCGUCAAAAGCAGUGUAUAAGUUAAAAGAACUGUUUGAAGAACAAAUGAAUGAUAAAAAUAGAAACUAUAGGAAGCUAGUUUCCUUUUAAUUUUGAUUAAAUUAAUAUAAUAUAAAAUAUUAUAAUCCAUAGUUCAAAUAUGCAUGAUAGAAUUCCAACUUAAAUAUAACUUGAAAGAAAUUUAAUUGUGUUUAAUUAGAGACAGAUGUGCAAGUGAAGUUACACAGUGCUAAUUAAGUACAUUUGUAUGUAAUAAUAGUAAAAGAACAUAGACAGUCCACUGUCAGUCAGUUUGAUAGUGGCCAUGGCAGUGACUGGACUAAGAGCAAUUGCUUGUUUCACCCUUUAUCUUACAGUAGCAAUAGAUGCUCAGUAUUCAGAUGAUUCUGACUACAAAGACUUAGAAUUUUAUGAAGAAAUGCCAAUCGGUUACGUUGGAAAUUUCGAGAAUGAUCAUUUGAGCAUUGUUCAGGAUGACUAUUAUAUGUUAAAUGAUUUUGAGGAUGCGGUUCCUCGUGGCCGCAGAUGCGAUAUUUGCCCUGACGUGCAUGACAAUGUGGAUCUUUCUUAUAAAAUCAUUGAUGAUAUUCCCAAAAAAGAUAGGGCGAAUGACGUUCAAUUAGACUGGUAUAAACCUCAUAGAAUAUACCGAUACACUAAACACAGAAUUCCAGGAUAUGAUUAUGAAGAAAUUGAUCAUGUGUUUGCAAGAAAUCCUCAACAGUGUGAUGAUAAAUCCAUCUGGACUCAUUGUGUCUGUCGGUUCACAUGUACUGAACCAGAUGUAGUAGACUGUUAUUCGCCAUGCAGAAGCGGUUGUGAAUGCAAAGAAGAAUAUGUCUUUGAUGACAAAACGAAAAGAUGUAUGUUACCAGAAGAAUGUCCAAAAGAUGAGGAUUAUAUUGAUGUAUAAAAACUUUGUGCCUUUAUUAAUUCUGCUGUGAGUCCCAGUUCAGUUGCACAUCUAAGAUUACAUUGAGAAGGAAAAAAUUUGCUAAACUAUUAAAAAUUGUCUUACACUUUUGUUAAAUACAAACAUAAUAGAGUCAAGCAAUUUGUGAGUCUCCUCCCAUCUUUCUUUUAAAAUGCAUAUAAAAUUCUACGAAAUAAUAGUUAAAAGAAGAAAAUAACAAAUGUAUAGACAUAUAAUUUUAUCCCAUUUGAUUUAACAAGUACAAAUAAUUAUAGCAAUAUGUCUACCAUUUUGACUGCACUUUCAGCAUUGCUAAUACUUUGUACAACGCAACAGAGCAUUAAAUUUUCAUUUUAAUAAAAUAAUAAAAAAUGUUGAAACAUCCUUUUUCCUACCUUGCUGUCCAUUAAUUUUGCUAUUCUUGUAAUAUGUGGUACAAAAUCAGAUGACAAAUUAUUGUUAUCCAUACAUCCUGCUGCAGAGUCCCCCACAAAUGCCCACCUAUACCUAUACAAAAAUGUUAUAUUUAUCGAAAUUUUUAUAAUCAUGAGAAAGAAGAAAAAAAAUUCUGUCACUUACAUUUGAAAUUGAGGAAGUUUAUGUGCAGGUAGGAGUAAUGCUAGAUCUAAUAAUUUAGCAGCUGCAAGCUGCAACUGUAACCAGUGUGGAUGACCAUGUGCCUGAAGUCCAUUGCUAACAUUCACAGCCCACGAUGAAUCCAAAGCAGAAAGAAGUUUUAUGUGUGAACUAUAUAAAUACAAAAGGUACGGUUUAAAAAAUAGCACUUCAAUGAAAGGUUAUAGUUCAUUUUUUGAGAAAAUAAUUGCAACAUAUUGCAUCAAAAGCAAAAAAAAACGACAAACACAGAACCCUUCGAAUUGUUGUAACUACUGUUCCUGAAUGCUACAAAAUGUUCUGAACAAAUAUAACAUGUCUCAAUUUCUUUCCAAUUUGAAAUAAAGUACCUAGGAAUUUUUAAACUAUCAUACACUUUGCUCCAUAAUUAAACUGUGUACACUGCAAU